GGUCGAUCGAUUAGGACACUGCUUCCUAGAUGACAUUGGAGAAUUAGCUCCGUAGAUAAAUAACUUGGUAGUGCGUGAAUUUCCGCUGGGAAAUUCGCCUUGGAGCCUGCCUUUGGCCCGAUCGCCCUUUCUGGCAACAACCGUCUUUGAUCCAAAGACAGUCGCUCGUGGGGAUUUCCCAUUUUCAAUCCGUUUUCCUCUUUCCCUCCAUCUCCCUCCCCUUUCCUCGCUAUCGCCUCUGCCGUGAGCCCGGAGUUCGCUGCUUCUCCGUCUUCUCCUCGCCAAUUUCGCUCUACACUUCGGUUGGCACCUAACCGAGCAAAAAAAGUGUCACCGGGCAAGACCUGUCCCCCUGGAGCUAUGUCGGACGACGAAGCAGACCCCGAGUUGAUUGCGCUUCUGCGCAAGACACUGGGACUGGGAGGCUCUUCUGAUCCUCGAACCGCAGAGACAAAAGUGCUGGAAAAUGCGCAAUACGCUUUCGACAAUGCUAUCGACGUCGCAUUGAACCCCUCCAAGACGAAAGAAGCCGCGGAGACGAUAUGGAAUUUGAUGCAGAAGAAGGAAUACUCGACGCAAACAUGGUCGGAGCACGAAUUACACCCUAAAGCGAAAGACGAAAACACCGUCGACUUCAUUUUCACGAUGGAUCUCCUCAACUUCAGUUUCUGGUCGGAGCUCCCUAGCGAGAAGCGCUUUGCGAUUGAGUACCGAGGAAGGAAGUGGACAGGCUACUGGAGCUUGGUCGCUGCCUUGCAGAGGGCUUUGGAUGAGGACAUUCCAAUCACCACGCCGGAGUUUUGGACCAAGGAAGAUGAAUGUACCGAGGAACUCAUUAAGCAUGUCUUCCGCUCUGCCACCGAUGAAGAGAUUCCUUUGCUCCAGGAACGUCUUCAGUGCCUGCGAGAGGCAGGUCGAGUUCUUUGCAGAGAGUAUGAAGGUAGUUUUGUCAAUUGCAUCUACAACUCCAACUACUCUGCGGCUUCGCUGGUCAAUUUGCUAGCAGAGAGCUUCUCCUGCUUCCGGGACGAGACAACCUUCCACGGGCGGAGAGUGCGGAUCUACAAGCGGGCUCAGAUCUUGGUUGCGGACCUUUGGGCUUGCUUCAAUGGUGAGGGGUAUGGAGAGUUUAACGAUAUUGAUAAAAUCACCAUGUUUGCAGACUAUCGAAUCCCUCAGAUGCUCCACCAACUCGGCUGUAUGUCAUACUCGCCGCCCUUGGAAAGCCACAUACGCAGGUUGCAGCCGAUCCCUAGCGGGUCCAACUGGGAGAUUGAGCUUCGAGCAACCAGUAUCUGGUGUGUCGAAUUGAUAAGAAGGGAGAUCGAACGCCGACACCCAGAAACCAGGGUGAACCCGACGGUGAAGCUCAACAAAGACAAGGAGGCAGAAGAAGACGAAGACACUGAAGAUCACCAGCAGAAAUGCUCAACCCAGAAAUUUGUCAAAAAGGAGCCCGUCCAAAAACCCGCUGGAAUGGGCGUGAACGCUAUCUUGAUAGAUUUCUUCCUCUACGACACCAUGAAAGAAAUAGAGAAGACCGGACAGGAGUCCAUCCCGCAUCAUCGGACAAGGAGUAUCUGGUAUUAGACUGGCGGCAAAGCAUAUAAUCUGCGUUUGUUUUUGUCUCUAUCGGCUUUUCUACACUAUACCCCGUUGCUUAACUUGGCCACGCAUUUCGUUCAAAGGUUGCUUUUCGGGUGGGUGAUGGGUAUAGACUUGCAUUCAUUGUGAUAAUGAUACCAUAGCAUUGCUUUUCAACUUUACCCUUAUUUGUGGGAUUCUGU